AUGGCACCUCAGCCAGAGCUCUAUCCUACCCUCCACAGAGUCCGCGAUCUCGAAACUGCAGGCAUCGAGGACCUGCAACAGAUUAUUCAGACGUUCCCCGUCAUUGACAACCAUGCCCACAACAUGCUCACCGAAGAACAUGCCUAUGGCAGUGCCGAGUAUCCUUUCGAGUGCAUCACCUCAGAAGCCCAAGGACACGCUCUGACGGAUCAUGUCCACACCAGCCUUGCUCACAUGCGCGGAGUCAAACAUCUGGCCGAAUUCUAUCAGUGCCCGGAAACUCUUCAAGACGUCAAGGCAGCCCGAUAUGAGUGGGUGCGCAGAGACUACCCUAGUCUGAUCAAAAAAUGCUUUGAAGGAACACAUGCGAUCAUGAUGGACGAUGGACUCUCGCCCGAGAUCAUCCAUCCUUUCAAAUGGCACAGACAGUUUGUGCCUACGGUGUCACGGAUUGUGAGGAUUGAAUCCGUCGCGGCAGAGCUGCUGGAACAUCUCGCGCACGCAGCAGGCUUCAUGAGGGUCGGUCUGGAUGCCGAUUGGGACAUUAGCCAGACCGAGAGCUUCUUGGUCCGCUUCAAUACCGUCUUCAGGAACCAGAUCCGGACGCUGGCCAACGAUCCAGACGUCCGGGGGUUCAAGUCCGUCAUCUGCUAUCGUUCGGGUCUGGACAUUGGCCUCGAGAGCAGGAAGAACUUCCGCCCUCAUCAGUCUCUGACUGAAUCAGCUCUUUUGCUGUCUUUCCAUGACUUCCUACAGAAGGCGGUGCGCGAUCACAAGUAUCGUAUCCAGCAAAAGGAAGUCAAUGAUUUCCUGGUUGUCGCCGUCUGCGACGUGCUGGAAAAGCUUGUAGACACAGAUGGUGAGAGCCUUCCCUUCCAGUUCCACACCGGUCUCGGCGACACAGACAUCAACCUGGUCAAAGCAAAUCCAGCGUACAUGCAGCCCUUGAUCGAAGCAUUCCCUCAGGUCGACUUUGUCAUCCUCCAUUCGUCCUAUCCGUACACGAGAGAGGCGGGUUACCUGGCAGCCAACUAUUCCAACGCCUGGCUCGAUAUUGGAGAGGCGUUCCCGAUGCUCUCUCGUGAAGGCGAGGAUUCCGUGCUACGACAGGCGCUCGAGCUGACACCUAGCUCCAAGAUCCUGUGGAGCACAGACGGGCAUUUCUAUCCCGAAACAUACUGGCUGGCCAACAAGCACUUCCGAGAAGCGCUCGAGAGAUUGCUUACCUCUUACGUUGCAGCGGGUGACGUUACGGUUGCCCAGGCCAUCGACAUCGCCGUCGACAUCAUGUUCUGGAACUCCAAUUUACUCUACAAGCUUGACGAAGAGCGCAAAUAUCCCGAGCUGCUCCGAGCCUGUGGCCGCGAACCCGCAGACAGCAUGCGCACGCUUGUGAAUGGCGGGUCGAAAGCUCCCUCUUUCAAGUCAUACGCGAGCACCGCUGUCACGAUUGCUGCGGGGGGUGCGUCGACAUCAGCGGCAGCGGCAGCGGCAGCACGACCCGGGGCAACGUCUCUGUCUGCGACGAACCUUUCGCUCCCACUCCGGUCUGGGAGUGCGAGUGCGCCUUCCGGCCAAAAUUCCACCGCCAUCUUUGCGCAGAAUGUGACGAUUUUUGAUGCCUUCUUGCAAACAAAUCCGGGCCUCAAGUGGAUAUGGGCACAAUACUUGGAUUAUACGGGUACUCUCCGUAAUCGCAUGAUGAGCGUCCAGCAAUUCAAGAAGCAGUUGUCAACAGGGAAGCCCCUCUGUUGUACGAAUGCUCUGACACGAUUGAUGCAGGACGACCACCCUGCAACCGGAUGCUCGGCUACUGGCCAAUUUCUCAUGAUUCCAGACCUGUCGACUCUCUCCUUGAACAAGGGCAUUUCGUCUCCGUCGGCCACUGUGCAGACAUGGUGGAUGGCAGACUCGGAGCAAGUUCCCCUUGUCGAGCACUUCGACCGCUGUCCCCGCUGGCUGCUUCAAUCUCAAGCUGACGCUCUCAAGUCGGAGUUCAACAUCUCGAUGCUGAUGGGAUUCGAACUCGAAAUCAUUUUCAUGAGGCCGGUCCUCAACGACAUCAAGUCCGACUUUGUGGAAUUCGAGCCGUUGCACAUGGUCCAUUCGUGGUCAAACAUGACGUGGCAACAGCUCGAUAUGUUACCGAUCAUUGAAGAAAUCGUGGAAAACCUGGCCGAUCUUGAUAUUCACCUGUCGCAAUUCCAUUCCGAGGCCGCACCGGGACAAUGGGAGUUUCCCUUGCCUGCGUUUGAACCCGUGAAGGCCGUUGACGUUCUGUUCAAGGCCAAAGAUGUGAUUCGCAAUGUCGCCAAGAAGCAUGGCCUGAAAGCGACGUGCUAUCCGCGUCCCUUUGCAUCCAGCCCGGGCAGCGCCAACCAUGCCCAUUUCAGCAUUAACGGACCCGGUGAUACGGUCGAAAAAUAUGAAUCACCCUUCCUCGCCGGUAUUUUGGAACAUCUCCCGGCACUGAUAGCCUUCUUCUUACCGUUUGAGGAGUCUUAUCAACGCGUCAACGCUGGAAUCUGGUCCGGCGGAGAGUAUGUAUGCUGGGGCACGCAGAACAAAGAAGUCCCAUUGCGAAAAUGUGGACCGGGACACUUUGAACUGAAGACCGUCGACGGCAUGGGCAACUCUUAUCUGUCCAUGGCGGCUCUCCUGGCAGCCGGACUGCACGGACUGCGUCAAGAUCUCAAACUUGAGCACAAGGACUGUACUGGAGACCCGACUGGGAUCGGUGAGGAGGAGAGGCAGAAACUUGGCAUUACGACGCAACUGCCUAACACAUUGGAGAAGAGUCUCAAAGCGUUGGACCGAGACAAAGUCUUACGACGAGCUCUCGGGUACGCGGCAGUCGACGACUUCAUUGCCGUCUCGGAGAGUCUAAUGGCCAAGUUGAGGGGCUUCGGCGAUGAGAAGAGACGUUUGUGGUUGAUGGCCCGCUAUUAA